UCGAACGAACAACAGCAACGCGUGGCCAGAAUUUCCCAGAAUUUUUCAUCGCCUUCCCCCGCGCGCAAUUUGCAAAGGCGCAAUUAAUUGACAAGUUGUUAAACAUAUCUAUUAAAUUGCGAUAAAUGCGAGCGGGUGUGAGAGAACCUUUAAAUAACUCGUGCACGCACCGCGUUAAAAUUAUCAAUUAAAAUCAAUUAACAAGCGGUCCUCCUCGGUGAUAUAUAUAUAAAAUAAAAUCAAAUUUAAAUACAAAUAAAAGCGAUGCCGGGAAGAAAAAAACACCAUCACCGGAAUGGCGGCCACAGGACAACAACAACAAACAACAACCACCAGAAAGACCAGAAGCCCAGGCCAGCCAAGGAGGCGAGUCCCUUGCCAGAGCAGGCGCUACCCUAUCGUAUUGAAAAAUCUGAGAUAUAUGGACGAUAUCUGGUGGCCAGUCGACAACUAGAGCCCGGCGAGCUGCUCAUCACCGAGGAGCCAUUGGCCAUUGGACCCUGUGUGAGUGGCGAUCCCGUCUGUCUGGGCUGCUACCGCCCGGUGACCCUUGCCUCAGAUCAGUAUCGCUGUCCCGCCUGUGCGUGGCCCUUGUGUGGCCCCAGCUGCUCUGGUUUGAACCAUCGACAUGGACACACUGCCGACGAGUGCCAGCUGUAUGGAGAGCGAAAGGCAGCAGCUGGAGAACUGCUUACGGAUCGCGCCGGUCCGGCGGAAGUGCGCGACCUAUACGAGCUGGUGAUGAUCGUGCGCAUCCUGCUGUUGCGCCAGCACGAUCCGGAGCAGUUCCAGCUGAUAGCCCGCAUGGAGUCGCACACCGAGGAGCGCCGCAAGAAUGCAGUACUCUGGCAGCACUACGAGGAGAAGGUGGUCCAGCGACUGAGACAGGACUGGCAGCUAGAGGAUUUGCCCGCGGAGCAGGUUCAUGAGGUGUGCGGGAUACUGGAUGUGAAUUGCUUUGAGAUCGGCCAGAAUGGGUCCAAGGCGCGGACGCUAUAUCCGAGCGCCUUCCUGCUCGCGCACGACUGCCGUCCCAAUACGGCGCACACGGACGAUCCCAGAUCCUAUGCCAUCCUGCUGCGCACCUCGAGGCGCGUGCGCGAGCGGGAAGCGCUGACGCUCAGCUAUGCGUACACGCUGCAGGGCACCCUCAAGCGGAGGUCUUUUAUGCACGAGGGGAAGCUGUUCUGGUGCCGCUGCGAGCGCUGUGCCGAUCCCCGGGAGCUGGGCAGCGAUUGCAGUGCUUUGGUCUGCUCUGCCUGCAGGGAGGGUACAGUGAGGGCAUUGGAGCCACUGGAGCAGGCUGGCGACUGGGCUUGCGAUCGCUGCCCUCAUCGGAUGGGCUCUGAGGAUCUGGAGCGCCUGCUGGACCGCAUCAACAAUGACCUGGAGUCCAUAGAUGUCCAUGACAUUCCCGGACUGGAGAAGUUUCUCCUAAGAUAUCGGAAUGUCCUGCGACCCAACCACUAUCUCCUGCUCUCGGCCAAGUACUCGUUGUGCCAGAUAUACGGCCGGAUCGAGGGUUAUUUGCUGCCGGAAAUGUCGCCGGAAGAUAUUACCCGAAAGGAGAGCUAUUGCCGAGAGUUUCUGGAAAUCGUUGAUAUCCUGGAUCCCGGUCUGACGCGUCUAAGGGGACUCAUCAUGUACGAACUGCACGCCCCUGUGAUGGUUCUAGCCCAAAUGGGCAUGCAGAGGGGACAGAUCUCACGCCAGGAGUUCCAGCGUCGGCUGAAGGAGGUGGUCAAGCUGCUCCAGACCAGCCGGGAUAUACUGUGCCUGGAGCCCGAGGGCUCAACCGAGCACGCAAUGGGAAUGGCAGCAGCCGAUGCCCUCAUUAAAAUGGGUUGCUAGCCAAGAAAUAUAAGUAAUCAAGGCUGCUAAAGGGGAGUUUAUAUGGAAAUGUAUCUCAAAAUAUAUAUUUAUAUAUGUAAUGCAUAUUUAUUUUUAUAAA